AUGAAUGUAAGUAGCGCGUGCGACGACCUGCCCUUCUUGAACUUGUCAUCAGUGGAGGAUGCGGCUACAUACCUCCUUAGCGGUGCUAACAGCAGAGUCAUGCUGGCCGUUCUUUUCAUCAUCUUGGCGGUAGGCAUCCCAGGCAACCUCGCUUUCCUCUUUGUGGUAGCUCGUGUCCCGUACAUGCGAACCACCACUAAUGUCUACCUGGCUAGUCUGGCCGUAGCGGAUCUCACAUUUCUGCUUACCAGCAUUGUUCAGUACACCUUCUACUUCACGCAUCCCGUCCGCAGUCACCUCCCUACCGCUUCCUUUGGGGGCUGUGUCGGCGCCUUCAUGCCGCAGUACGUCACGUAUUUCGCCUCCAUCUCCAUGGUGAGUCUGGUCUCCCAAGAGCGAUACAACGCCGUCUGCAAACCGUUGGUCACCCUCGGCCAGGGCGCCAGGCUGAAGAGGAGUUUCAAGUUGGUGGGCGGAAGCUGGUUCAUGGCGAUUGGUCUCGCUAGUUUGGUGAUGUUCCGGUACGCCAACCUCGUCAAAUGCUGCGCAAUCUGGCCGGAUGAAGAGCCCUAUCACAGCCUGCCGGUCCAGUUGGGAUACUGCGUGGCCAUCAGCCACUGGGGGCUGAUCGUUGGACAUGUGCUGGAAUCCGCCGUCUUCAUCGUUGCCAUGGUAACCAAUGCAGUCAUGUAUACUCUGAUCAUCAUCAGCCUCAACACCAGAGCGAAACACAAGCUCCAUCAAGACCCAGUAAGGCGCCAAUCAGUUCAAGCCCAGCAAGCUCUCCAGGUCCGCAACCAAGUCGCCCGCAUGCUGGUGGCCAAUGGCGUGGUGUUCUUCCUCUGCCAGACGCCAUUCAUCGCCUUGUCUCUCGGCUUCCUUGUCGAGAAUUUAAGCGGGAUCCGCCCUGACGUCACUUAUAGGAAGUUUGUGUUUGCCCUCACGGUCUGUCACGUGUUCGUGUUCAUGAAUUCGGCGGUGAAUCCGAUCAUCUACAAUGUGACAAGCUGCCAUUACCGACAGGCCUUCGUGGAAGCCUUCGGCCGCUCAAAAAACAGAAAUGAUCACAAAAGUGACUCCAAAGAUGAACAAAACAAUUACGUCGCUCUUGCCGUUCAGUAG